AAACUUUAUCAAAGUAAAGGAUAUCAAAUUGACUUGCAACUUUCACUGUAUGAUUCAUUUCCUGCCUCAUUUUUAAGUCCACGAGAAACCAUUAACAUCAAAGAAAGAAAAAAACGAAAAAAUGGCACAAUUUAUGCUUCAGCUCUCAAACAAUUUCAGAGCUUCGUCUCUUUUUGUUUCUGCUUCUGCUUCCUCUAAUGGCUGUCCUCCUAGUGCACCUCAUUCUGGGGGGCCAUCGAUUGUUGAGCUUCCUCUUGGUAAGAUACGCAGACCCCUCAUGCGAACGAGAGCCAACGACCCACAAAAGGUGACUGAACUCAUGCAGAGUAUAAGUGAAAUCGGGCUUCAAGUUCCUAUUGAUGUGCUUGAGGUUGACGGCGAAUACUAUGGCUUUUCUGGUUGCCAUAGGUAUGAAGCCCACCAGCGUUUAGGGCUGCCGACCAUACGCUGCAAAGUUCGUCGUGGAACAAAGGAAACUUUAAGGCAUCAUCUCCGCUGAACAGAACAGAUGCUCAAACAGAGCAGAUGAUGAUUAGAGGAAGCAGAUGCAUCACUUGAAGAAAAAACGAAUCCUUCUUUAUAGAAUUUGUUAGAACAGUAGGAUUAUGUAUUAUGUAUGACAUAUAUUGGGCUUGUAACUAAAUCUUUUAUCGUGUUGAAAAAGCCAAAAUUAUACUACAUUGAUUUGCACCAACAUUAAAGCAAAUGAAAUAAAAACAACAGCAAAGAAACUGCAAAGAAAUACAAUUUGAUUUAUAAGAGCUUAGAC